GUCGAAAGGAAACGUCAUAAUAAUAUUUAAUUUAUUUUUUUCCAUAUCUAAUCUGUGAUUCAAUUAGUCUUUGUCGCAAGAAUAAUAGCGAUAGUUUUGAUAAGAUAAUUUGUUGUAUUUGCAUAAUGAUAAAACAAUACAAUGGGAUAGAACUAUAGCAAAUGAAAAUCAUACCGUGUUGUUUUAUACGUGUAACUAGUUUAUUUUUUGACAUAAUUGGAAGCAGGAACAGAAUGGAUCAUUUUGGCCUCUCACACAUAUUGCUCGAGCCAGAUAAAUAUAAUCCCGAUACUUUGGACUUGCUAGUCGAUGAAGAAGCUAGAGAAUAUUGGCUCAACACUUGUGAAAAAUUGACCGAGAAGUAUGUAAAUUUCGCGCUUCUCAAUAAUGAGGAUCCUACGGUUGAAAUACGCGCACUUAAAUUUAAAACUUGUUAUGUAGAAGCAUUGAAGGAGCUCAGAAUUAAUCCACUUGCUCAUGGGCAGUUGACCAUUAGAUUACUUCUUGACAUCAAUGAAACAUGCCUACGUUCACAGGGGUUCUUUGAUUUGUGGAAAAAACAGAAAAAAUAUGAAAAUGAUAGUGCAUUGGCCACCUUAGCUACAAGAAUAGCCGAAUUAGAUGCUCUGCCAGAUGACCGACAGAGGUGGAUAGAAAUAAUUAGAGGAGUGUUGGCUGGCAAUAUGUUUGACUGGGGAGCCCAGGCUGUAACUAGUAUUCUUAAUAGUGGACUGUAUGAAGCACUAGAGAAAAUUCAGAAGAGACCAUGGUUGUAUGAUGGCUUAGAUAAAUGGCUUGAUAAGCUGGAGAAAACUGUUCAUCAUUGUGCAGCUGUGUUUGUUGAUAAUAGUGGAGUUGAUAUAGUUCUUGGUAUUUUGCCAUUUGUAAGAGCAUUAUUACUUAGAGGAACUGGAGUAAUAUUAUGUGCCAAUGAAUGGCCAGCUCUUAAUGAUGUUACCAAUGUUGAAUUAGAAGAGAUUUUACAGAAUGCUUCACAUAUUUGUCCCAUAAUCUCAGCUGCUCUAUCCACAGGAGAUUUAGUAGUAAGAUCAAGUGGACAAAGAGGUCCAUGUUUAGACCUUAGGACAAUUAGUGUAGGACUAUGCACUGAAAUGAAGGCUCGUGGAGUGGACUUAAUCAUUUUAGAAGGAAUGGGCAGAGCCCUCCAUACAAACUUAAAUGCUCGCCUUGCUGUAGAUUCAUUAAAAAUUGCUGUCGUAAAGAACACAUGGUUAGCCCAGAGACUGGGUGGUCCUCUUUUUUCUGUUAUCCUCAUUUAUGAAGAAAAACAGAGUAAAAUAUAAACAUUAAUUGAUUAAAAUUGAUUUUGAUUGUGACUGUCCCCAGUAUUCAUUUACCUACAUUUAGAAUUUAAGCCAUUGAUCUUUUGACACCAUUUCUAUAUAGUGAUGUCUCCAUAAAUUGUGCAUUCAUAUUUUUAGAAUGCCCUAUCUUCUUGUGUUGAUGUUCUUAUAGUAAUUUUCGGAAUAUAUUGAGUGUUAUCUUGA